UUCUGCUCCAUAUCACCAUGUGACCUUCUGCAACCCCAUUCUUCACUUCCUCUCUCUAUAUUCUCUUUCUCUCUCUAAAAGUUCUUCAUUUUCUUUUCUUUUUACUUAUUCUUAAAUCAAUAUUUCAAAAAUUAAAAAUUAAUAUCACCCAGAAACCAACUAGACCGAAACAGUAAAAAUAUUGUUUUUUUUUAUUACUAUUAGUAGUAUUUAGUUAUUUUAAAAUUAGACUCAAAAACGAAGCACCAACAAACCAACCCACAAAUCUUGAUCUCUACUUCAUUUCUUGACCUAAAUCCGAAAGACCCAUCUCACCAAUCUGCAAGAACCAGCUCAAUGUUAGAUAAAAAUGGCGGAAAUGAUAAAACAAAGUCCGGCAAAGAAGAAAAACAGAGGCUUCUAUGUCAAAAUGAAACUAGUACACAAAAAUGGCAGACUUGAUCACAAGAACAGUCUUUGUUUCAGAUAUUACAAAUGGGUCCUUUGGAUUUCCCUCACUCUUUAUUUUAUUACAUCCUAUUUCAUUAGCCAUAAGCCUGUGAUUUCCCUAGCUAAACCUCAUUCUGUACCAUCUCGUGCUCUUUUCGAAUCAUCUAAUGCUACCGUGUUUAAUGUUAACCAAGGUUUAUUGAAGGAUUUGAAGAUUUAUAUCUAUGAAUUACCAUCAAAAUAUAAUACAGAUUGGCUAUCAAACCAGAGAUGCAGUAACCAUUUAUUUGCAUCAGAAGUUGCUAUUCAUAAAGCUUUAGAAAACAACAACGGUGUACGGACAUUUGAUCCGUAUGAAGCUGAUUUCUUUUUUCUGCCGGUUUAUGUGUCGUGUAAUUUCAGCACCGUUAACGGGUUUCCGGCGAUUGGACACGCCAGGUCUCUUCUUUCCUCCGCCGUCGAUUUCGUCUCCGUUAAGUUUCCGUUCUGGAAUCGGUCGGAAGGUGCUGACCAUGUUUUUGUUGCGGCGCAUGAUUUCGGAGCUUGUUUUCAUACCCUGGAAGAUAGAGCUGUGGAGGAUGGGAUACCGGAGUUUUUGAAGAAGUCGAUCAUAUUACAGACUUUUGGGGUUAACUAUGACCAUCCAUGUCAGCAAGAAGAAAGCGUGGUAAUACCACCUUAUAUUUCUCCGGCGAGUAUAAAGUCAACGCUUGAAAAAACACCGGUGACUAAUAGCCGGCGAGAUAUUUGGGUGUUUUUCAGAGGUAAAAUGGAAGUUCAUCCGAAGAAUGUUAGUGGGCGAUUUUACAGCAGGAAAGUGAGAACGGAGAUAUGGAGGAAGUUUAACGGUGACCGGAGGUUUUACUUAAAGAGGCAGAGAUUUGCCGGUUACCAGUCAGAAAUAGCUAGGUCAGUGUUUUGUUUAUGCCCAUUGGGGUGGGCCCCAUGGAGUCCGAGACUGGUUGAAUCAGUAGCGUUGGGGUGCGUGCCGGUGAUUAUAGCCGAUGGCAUCCGGUUGCCCUUCCCCGAUGCCGUGCCUUGGCGGGACAUAUCGCUCACGGUGGCUGAAUCUGACGUGGCCAAAUUGGGAAGAAUACUUGACCACGUGGCGGCUACUAAUUUGACUAAGAUACAGGAAAACAUGGGGGACCCGAGAGUAAGACGGGCCCUACUAUUCAACGAUCAAAUCGAGGAAGGGGAUGCCACAUGGCAGGUGCUUUAUGCCUUGUCAGAGAAGCUGGACAGGUCGCGUAGGACAUUGAGAGUUUCAAGCCAAUGAAGGGAAGCCACAUGGGUGAGAAUCUGUGGACCAUUGCUAUCCUACGUGGAUGAGAUUUGCAUGCAAUGAGUAAUAGUUGAGUACAGCUGGAAAUUAUUUUUGGACAGCGUGUUAUUAGGUGGGUGGGAAUUUUUACAAGAUGUGGUCGGGUCCAUUUGCGGGACAGAGCUAAACCUGGAUUUUUGAUUAUCUGGCCGAGAAUGAUUGGAUACUGGAGCGGUAAAUCGUAAAUUAUAAGAAAUAUGAUUACAUUCAUGUAAAUGUGGAAAUAAAACAAAUUUUGUAAUGGAUAAUAAAACAUAGCUGGGUA